AUGAUCGUCACCGGCAUCAUCCUGCUUCCCACUGUUAUUCCGCACGCCGUCCAGGACCUGGCAGAUCUGAAGACAAUCAUCAACUCCACAGCGGCGACCAUCGAUGCCGCGCCGAACAACUCCAGCUGGGGGUUCUUCAGCCCUGCGAGUCCGGCAGGCUCACUGGGUACAGCGGACCUGAUCGCGAACAUCAGCACUACGAUACUGAGGGCAAAGUACUUACUCGAUGUCGACAAGGUCGCCUGGACGACCGUCCCCAACGCCAGCACCACGCCCGAUAACACAACCAACACAACACAGACCAAUAAUCCUCCGCCUCCGCCGCCGACGCCUACUCCAACUUUGCCAUCCAACAUCUCUCUCGACUCGCCCUAUGUCGAUUACGUCUCCAGCAUCCCCACCCUUGCAAACGCUCUCAUCAACCUUGGCCGCGCCUGGCACAAAGAAUGGAACAGCCCCGUUGCCGAAGCUAUCGGCGCCCUUCAACAAACUAUCACCCAGUUUUCAACGUCCAUGCUAGAAGGCGACUUAUUGAACAGCCAGAGCGUCCUCAGAACGAUUCGCGCAUCUGGCAGUCUAGAAUCGGCGCAAGUGGCGUGGAGCCGACCGCUCAACUUGCCGGGCGCUGCGGGGACGAAGAAGCGUGAGGAGAAAGUAAAGAGGCCACAACUGGCCGAAGGACAGUUCUAUACGCACAAGGAGCUUUGGGGAAGGAGUGGGGGCGCCGUGCCGAGGCCGGUCAAGGGUAAGGAGAGCUCGUCGGAGUCGACUGGUGCGUUGUCUGGGGCGACAAAUGCGAAGGUGGCGUGGAGCGAAUGGCGCAUCGAGCAGAUUGCGAGGCGAUUUGUUGCGUGA